AAUCACAUUCACAGGGAUUAUAAGUUUAUAACCCGAAGAAAUCUCUUUCCUUUCGUAUUCUUUUGAUCGUCCGCCAUGGCAGCAUCGCAACCUGAUCUCUCCGGCGGGGAUCUUGCUAUGAAGAGAGAGCAAAUCAAGAGAGGGACCCCUUUCAAGUUCUUGGUACCUCUCAUAUACGCUCCUGUUCUUCCUCUCAUUCGAAUUGGGUUGCGAAGGAAUCCAGUCUUGAGGGAUCGAUUGUUUACUGCUGUGUUGGCGGGCGCUUUCCUUCAUGGGUCAUACCUGGUAUCUGAUUUGUAUGAUUCCGAGAGCAAGUGAUGGGUGGGUGAGAGCUUCUCAAGAAAUUCAUUAUACUUUCUCCUUCUUUGCAACUUUUCUCUCAAUUUUCCAAUUAUAUUUAGUUUUACCAUUCUGGUUGUAGUAGAACCUGAAGUUCCAGAAUCUCUUCUUACAGGCGAGUAUUUGUCCUCUUUUAUGUUGUGAUACUGUUUGUCAUUUUCAUUUGGAAUAAAAAUGCAAAGAAAUUUUGUAA